UUGAUUUCAAUUAGUAAGUUUCCCAAUCAAAACCAAAUCAAAAUAAAGCGAAGAAAGAACAAUGACAAUUGUUGAGUGGGCUGCCAGAUUUAAUUUGUACAUUCUACAUAAUUUAGCUGAAGCUAUAUUUAGGUGUCUAAAAACAAUAUGAACUGCAAACAUAAGUGUAUUUGUUGUACAACUCUUGUGACAAUUUUUGUCCAAGCGCGAAAAGUUAUUUAUUCAGUUAGCUUGGCAAUUAGCAAAUUUGCUAAAGUAGCAAAAAAAUCGUAAGAUAAAAACGGAAACGUUUUUCUUUUGCCAGGGAAAACUGAAAAAAAAUUAAAAAUUUUGAAACUCAGCCUGUGAUUCAUAACUGUUUUUACUUACUCAACACUUGUUUUUCCAAAAAAAAUAGGUAGUAAAUAAAUCUCAUCGCUAGUCUUGUAGUCCCAUCAUAAAUCACAUACUUCAUAUCUAAAUUCGCAAUCCCCUGCUGAAUGCGCCCGUUCAAUCGACCCACGAAAUCUGACAAACAAACAAGGCCUACGUUUCAAGUCGAACAAGAUCGCACAGACAUUCGAAAAAACACACGACGCACAUACAGAACACAGGUAUAUUUUAUGACUGAGUUACCUGGAGAACCUGCUGAAUUAUUGAACAGUGUUUUUGGCGAACAGCACACUGACAAUGAAAUUGUAAAUGGUCAUGGAAAUGUCGUAGAAGCCUGGCGUCUAAUUGGCUCCAAGAGUUGUUCAGUUCGCUUAUCGGUUCUGCUAUAUUUGCUCUUUUUUUUUUACCGGCGAUAAUAAAAACACGCACCCACCCACGAGUGCUAAAGAAAUUGGUCGGCGUCUCAGAAAUCCAGGUGUGUGUUUGCAUACGAAUUUUGCCGGCGACUCGGAGGGAAAAAAUUAAAUACCAACCGCCAGCUGGCACCUUCCGUUUUCUUUCUGCUUUAUCUUUGGGCUUUAUUUAUAUUCACAUUUUUUAAGUGGUUACAUUUUGUUUAUUCUGGAGGAAGUAAGGCGGCUGUUGGGGAAAGCCCAAACGAACUGGUUGUAUUUGACAGCUCAAGUUAUUAUUAACAUUAACCAGAUUUGUAAUUGUGUAAGCCCGAAAAAGGAGGCACUUUCGUUCUCGAUUAGCUCUGUUGUAUUGACUUGUCCGAGUUCCAUAUGCUCUGCUGAAUUUAACUGGGAAGUACCUAUCUCUAAAAUGCUUGUUUAAUUUGAUUCGAUGUUUUAACAAAUUUUGUAUUUUUCACAUUUUCUUUUAUUUUAUAAGGGUUUUGUUGUUAAUUCCUUUAUUCUCUGCAUUUACCAUAUGUUUUCUAUAAAAAAGUGGCUUAAACUGUCACAAAAGUCUGUUUAAAUAUUCGGUUUGUUUGCGCUAUAAAGCUUAAGCAAAUAAUUGCUUCCAUUUUGUAUUUUGUAGAGUAAAAAAUAUUAAUGCAAAAAUGAUUCCAAAUUAGAAAGUUAAAAUUACGGGCACAUGCUCUUGACUCAUUUAUGUAUUGUUCAAUUUUUGUUGGUAAUAAUUUUUAAAAACCUGCUUGGCUUGUACAGGCAUUUGAUUAAUAGAUUUCGGGCUUAUAUUGAUUUUUAAACAAAAUCUUAAAAAUCGAACCACUUUAUUUUACUCGCCUUGUGUUGAAAGCUAAGCGAAUGGUUUUUCCAUUGAAUGUACUAAAGAAACCCAGUCACAUUUGGCUACUUUGCCAAUUUUGAAGAUGGAAAACAUUGAUACACUUUACUCCCUGUCGACAUGACUAAUUUCUGAGGCACUUGCAAUGCAGUGCUUCCUCCUCCUUAUGCUCCUAACAAUGGUUUUUGGCCAGCCGAUGGAAAGGACCCUUUACUUAACUGGCAAACACCACCGGAAUGUGGUGUCCAUACGGACGCGCAAGCAUAUUCGCAAUUGGGGCGACAACCACUUCUGUGCCGGCUCCAUCCUGUCCGCCCGUUGGGUCUUGACCUCCGGCUGCUGUGUGAGCACCUUGCCAGCGAGUACUCCAAGCAAGGUCAGCACCCGGAAAAACCUGAGGGUGGUGCUCUUCACGCGCAGGCGAUUGAAAAGGCCGGCGGAUAAGAAUAUUUUUGGCGUAGAGCAGGUGGUGCUUGACAAGGUCGGCGAUGGAGACUGCUCCAAAUUGGCUCUGCUGAAGCUGGAGCGCCCCAUUAUUGGCCAAAAGUUUGCCAUGAAGCUGCCUACGCAGAAGAUGAACACCACCUGGCUGUGCAGGACUCUCGGAUGGGGCCGGAUAUACUUUAAUGGACCCUACUCUAACGAUCUCCUCCUAUUGACAACCCAGGAGUCUCCUGAUUGCAAGGCGCACUGCGGAGGCUGCCUUUGCAUGGGAAGUUAUACGGGCAGGGGCAACAUGUGUCAACUGGACUUGGGCAGUCCACUUUUUUGUGGCGAUUUUGUAUACGGCGUGGCACGCCAGGCUCACAAUUCCGAGGAAGAAGGAUUCAUGGAGUACACUAGUACCUUCCAUAAACUCAAGUUCAUCGAGAGAACUUUAAAUUCUGCACGAUCUCAAAGAAAGUACACAGAAUUUUUCAUCAUUAUAACCCUUAUUCUAAACUGGGUUUUGAUGGCUUGAUCUGUAUGGUUGCAAUGGUAAUUGAAGAAACAGUAUAAUCGAAUUCUUUUAAAACAAGAAAGAAAGCAAACUUCGGCAAGCCGA